AUGACCAACUUAUCGUCCAACAACGGCAAGAACACAGCCGGAGGCCAGCUCGGCGACGCCACCAACUUCGUCACAUCAACCCUGGGAAACACCGUGGGAGCCGUUGGGAGAACCGUCGGCAAUGUCACAGGCGCUGCCACCCGAGGCGUUGGAGACACUGUAACGGCUGUCACUGGUGGCUACGGCAAGCCCGUUGGCAACGCUGUCGGUGAACUCGGAACUGGCGUGCAAAAUGGCCUCGGAGACGUCAGCAAGGGGGUAGAGAAUGCUGGAAACUGGAAGAACAAAUAA